GUCUACUGUAUGCAUAGAGAGCAGUAUCUAGCUAGAUCAGGUAGCUUUAGUAGACACCCUUUGUCACAUAUUCCGGCUGUUCCAUGAAGUGUCCUUUCAUAUCUUUGGUAAUCGUUACGCCGCCGCCGAUGGACUACACCAAGACAAGUACGUACGUACAUAUGCAUAUGUUGGAGUAGCUAAUACGAGUUCAUGUAAAGAUAGCCUUGUUCGAUCAGUGUGCUACGUAUUCGCGCGCUUACGUACAGACUGCAUGGUGCUAUUCGUAUCUAUCUAUGUAUAUAUACGCAAGGACUCCCCGGCCGGCUUUAAAUAAAGGGUAACCCGCAAGCUGAUCAAAGGUGAGCUAAAAAUGGAGAAGGCGCCGUCCAUCGGCUCCAGCAGCUGGGUGAUGGAGAUGGAGAGGACGAUCGGCGACAUCGACCCGGCGGUGGAGAUGGCGCGCUGGAAGCGGCACUCCAUCUACCUCGUCCCCGAGCGCAUCAAGAACCUGCACAACACCAAGGCGUACCGGCCGGAGCUCGUCUCCCUCGGCCCCUUUCACCACGGCGAGCCCGACCUGCUCCCCAUGGAGGAGCACAAGCGCCGGGCCGUGGUGCACCUCGUCAAGCGCUCCGGGAGGCCGCUGCGGGAGUUCGUCAACGCCGUGGCCGAGGUCACGCAGCAGCUCCAGGAGGCGUACAAGGACCUCGGCGCCGAGUGGCGCGGGGACGAUAACCGGCAGCGCUUCGUCGAGCUCAUGCUCACCGACGGCUGCUUCCUGCUGGAGGCCAUGAGGAUGGACGCGCUGCGGGGGAAGGUGCAGGGCGACUACGCGCCCAACGACCCCGUCUUUAGCCAGUACGGUUACCUCUACUUGUGGCUGUAUAUCCAGUCCGACAUGGUCGUCAUGGAGAACCAGCUGCCACUGCUUCUUCUCCACAGGCUAUUCCUUGUUCUCGACCAUGACAAAUAUCAGGAUGCUCGAGAGAUAAGAAAGUUGGUGCUUGAUUCCCUUUGUCCUUGGCGCCGACAUGUGGUUGAUAUAAACCCCCUCGGGCUCCAUCCCCUCGACAUCUUACACCAAAGCCUUACCCAUGACGACCACCAAGAUCGCAAAGGUUCGAAGGCGUAUGUCAUGCCCUCCGCGAUGGAGAUCUAUGAAGCAGGAAUCCAUUUCAAGGUGAGCGACACCGACAGCCUCCUCGACGUCCACUUCGAGCAUGGCGUGCUAAGCAUGCCGGCGGUUAGGGUCAACGAAGGCACCGAGAAGAGGUUCCUCAAUCUAAUGGCAUUCGAACGGCUCCACCCUUCUGCUGGCAAUGCCGUGACGGCCUACGUAAUCUUCAUGGACAACAUGAUUAGCUCGGCCAAGGAUGUCGCCCUGCUCAGAUCUAAGAUGAUUAUCGAGAGUGGGUUGGGCAGCGAUGAAGAGGUCGCUAAGCUCCUAAACAACACGCUAAACAAGGGAGGAGUGAUGAGCCCUUCUAGUAGGCUCCACGAUGUGCAGCGACAGGUGAAUGCCCACUGCAGGAAGAGAUGGAACAGGUGGCGAGCUAACUUCAUACAAACCUACUUGAGAAACCCUUGGGUGUUCAUUUCCCUCGUCGCCACCGUUAUUCUACUAGUUGCCACACUUUUGCAGACCUUCUAUACGGUUGCACCCUUUUACAAGCUAAUAUCCUAGCAGUAGUAAGUUAGUAUGCCAUCCCCGCCAAAUUAUAGUGCAUAUAAGAUUUUUUUUUUCAAAGUCAAACUUUGUAAACUGUGACCAAAUUUAUACUAAAUAAACAUUUACAAUACAAAAUGUACACCAUAUACAAAUAUAGUGGUAUUGGUUUGGUAUAGAAAAUAUCGAUACUUUUUUCUAUAAACUUGGUCUAGUUUUAUGAAGUUAA